CACAAACCCACAGAAAAUCCACAUUGCGAUGAUGGUACCACUAGGAAGAGCAUGAGCACAAAGACCAAAAGCUCCAGCAGCACUGCGAGACAGGACAAAAGUCUGAGAUUUAAGGCGAGCCGCACCACCUGCCACCCCACCGCCCCCCUCCACCCCCUCAUCCUUUCGUCCCGGGAAUUUGGAAUUUCACGACCCGGGAGAGAGUGGGCAAUGAGUGUGGAACGAGUUUCCUUACCGGUGUGAGACCGCAAAACGCGGAGCUCCGGGGGUGCACCUGAAAAACAAACAGAAAAAAAAAGGAUUCAAACAUCGACUUCAAAAAGCCUACAGCAGAAGAUGGGGAGGAAUGGGGGGAGGCUAAAGAGGAGGAAGUCGCGACAUAUCGCGCGUUCGAGGAGGCACCAGCAGGGUCGGAGGUGGUGAGAAGCAGCUAUCCCGCAGCAGAAGCAGUGGUGGGAAGCUUCUCUCAGUUGCCAUUCAGCAUUUCAAGCCGCUUUGCUGUUGCACAGCUUCUGAAUUCCCUACUUCUACUGGAUGAUCUUAAACGUGUUUUCCAACCAAACGGUUCUCUGAUGAUUGUGAGAGGCACAAGGAAGCCACAGUCGCAGAUUUCCACCCAGCGUGGCGGUGCAGACCACAGGAAAACAUCUGACUGAGCUCAUUCGACUUGCAAACAGAACUCUCUCUUUUAUUAUUUUAUUUUUUUUAAAUACAGUCGUGGCUUUCCCGCCCCCCCACCCCCCCCCUCCCUCCCCCUUUACCAUUCCGCUUGGAUGUAAUUGAGAAGCGGUGUUAAUUCACGUGGAGGAGUGGAGGUGGGAAUCCAGUUAAACAUCUUUGGGUUUAUUUACUGCCUAAUCUGCUUGUGGACACGAUAGUUGUGGUGGCUUCACCUUUCGAACUGAAAGAAUCCAAGUUGAGAUUUGCUCACCUGCAUUUUGGGACGGGAAGGAAGGAAAAGGAGGAAGAGGAGGGAGAAAAAGAGGGAGAAAAGGAGAGACUGCAAUCUCAUUUGUGCAUCGCUCCCAGCGCUGCAGAAUCCAGUUUGCUCUAAACCCCCAUGCAGUGCAAAUGCAGGUAAGGCACAAGCACACCCCCCAAAACUGCGGAUGUCAACCCAAACUUGGGACCGGUUGUUGGUGGUGGUGUUACCGGUUUGGUCGCCUCCAAGCAACCUUUGCAAAGAAAGGGCAAAAAAGCUUCUGCAGUCCCUGUGUCGUUUGCUUUGUGACUAAUGACCUUGCGCAGAGUUGGUAAAAAAAAAAAAGUAAAGGAAAGUAAAAAAAAAAAAAAGGAGAAAAAAAAAAAAGAAAGAAAGAAAUCAGCUCCAGAGAAAAGAGCCUGAACACUGUGGGGCGAGCUCAGAAGAUGGAUUUGGGUGUUUUUUGGCCAGCCGAAAGGGAUACAGUGUGGACUGCUCUGUGAUACCAGGGGGUUCUCCUAUCAACAGUGCAGCUACCGGCAUUUUUUUGGGGGGUUGAUUAUUUUUUUAUUUUACCGUUGUCAUUUUUGAUACUUUUGGUUCUUAUUCUUCUCUUUUCUUUUUUUUUCUUUAUUGUUUUCUUUUCUCCUUUUUCUUUUGUCCUUUCUACUUUCUUAUUCUAAUUUUUCCCCUUUUUUAUUGCUUUCCCCUUUCCUUUUCCUCUUUCAUUUUUCCCCUUUCUCUUUCCCUUUUCCCUUUUUAUUUUUUCAUUAAUACUUUUAUUUUUUUUUCCUAAAGAACUACCCAUUCCUAAGAGGAUGUGGACUUUUCCCGGACACAAGCCCUUUUGAAUAAAGCGGAUUUUUUUUUUUUUUUUUUUUUUUUCCCUCCUGCCUGUUGUGUGCGGAGAAAGGGGGGGGGGAGAAUCUAGCUUGAUGCCUCGGGUUGUGUGCAGAGAAAAGGGGGAAGUAUCAGGCUUAAUGCCUCGGUCGUCAAAGGCUGAGGAGGGAGAGAGAAAAGAGUGUGAAUAGUAGUUAACUCUACAGUGGAAAGAAGACGACCCUGGGGGGGUGGCUUUGAAUUGCUCGGCGCUGCUUCUUUUCCUGCAAACCUUGCAAAGUGAUUACAGUAAAAGCAGAGAGAAGGAGGAGGAGGAGGUGGAGGAGGAGGAGGAGAAGGGGGAGGAGGAAAAAUCCCGUCCUAUCUUCCCGAGGUGAAUCUUUAAAAAAGCAAAACACACUGUCCCGGGAACUGUGAGCAUAUCGCGACUGGGAGGCAGUGAAGGAACCACCAGCAGCAAGGGGGUUUUCUGCCCACCAGCUGCACCAAGUCAUCAGACAGUAACUUUUCAGCAAGAAAAGGAUUGUAGACCUGAUCACUCGGAGAUUAUUGGGGGGGCAGGUGAGAGUGAGGAGGAGAAGGUGGGGUUAGGAGGGGUGUUUCGGUGCGAGGAAGAUGAGGAAGAUGCAGACUCUCUUUGGCUUUGUGCACUGCUGCUGCUGCUGCUGCUUUUUGCUCCUCCUGCCUCCACCGCUUUGGGUCAAACUAGCAGCGGCCAAACAGCUCUUGAAGUACCGGUUGGCAGAGGAGGGACCUGCCGAUAUCCGUAUCGGGAAUGUGGCUUCUGACUUGGGAAUAGUGACUGGCUCCGGGGAGGUGACAUUCAGCCUGGAGUCGGGUUCUGACUAUCUGAAGAUCGAUAACAUGACCGGGGAGCUGAGCACCACGGAGCGGCGCAUCGACCGCGAGAAGCUGCCGCAGUGCCAGAUGAUCUUCGACGAGAACGAGUGUUUCUUGGACUUCGAGGUGUCAGUCAUCGGCCCUUCGCAGAGUUGGGUAGACCUCUUUGAAGGUCGGGUCAUCAUUUUGGACAUCAAUGACAACACCCCGACCUUCCCAUCCCCUGUGCUUACUCUCACCGUAGAGGAGAACCGCCCGGUGGGGACACUCUACCUUCUCCCCACCGCUACCGACAGGGACUUUGGGCGCAACGGCAUAGAGCGCUACGAGCUUCUGCAGGAGCCCGGUGGGGACGGUGGUCGAAGAGGGGGAGGCGGCGGUGGAGGAGGAGGGGGAAGCUCGGUGGGCUCGGUGGCCUCGGGGGGCUCUGAUAGCAGCAACAAGAGGCGGGCGGAGGCGGAGGCAGCGGCUCGCAGCAGCGUCUUUGAGCUGCAGGUGGCCGAUACAUUGGACGGGGAGAAACAACCCCAGCUGAUCGUUAAAGGCCCCUUGGACCGGGAGCAACGGGACUCCUACGAGCUCAGCCUGCGAGUACGGGAUGGUGGAGAACCUGCCCGCUCCUCCCAGGCCAUCCUGAGGGUGCUGAUCACCGACGUGAACGACAACAGCCCCCGCUUCGAGAAGAGCAUCUAUGAGGCGGACUUGGCAGAGAACAGCAGCCCUGGCACCCCUAUCUUGCAGCUUCGAGCCACUGACCUGGACGUUGGGGUAAAUGGGCAGAUCGAGUACGUCUUCGGGGCAGCCACCGAGUCUGUCAGGCGUCUGCUGCGGCUGGAUGAGACCUCGGGUUGGCUCAGCGUCUUGCACCGCAUCGACCGGGAAGAGGUGAAUCAGCUUCGCUUCACUGUCAUGGCUCGAGACCGGGGCCAGCCCCCUAAGACAGACAAGGCCACAGUGGUGCUGAACAUCCGUGACGAGAAUGACAACGUGCCCACCAUCGACAUCAGGAAAAUCGGGCGCAUCCCGCUGCGGGAUGGGGUGGCCAGUGUGGCUGAGGACGUGCUUGUGGACACCCCCAUCGCCCUGGUGCAGGUGUCAGACCGGGACCAAGGGGAAAAUGGUGUGGUGACCUGCACUGUGGUGGGGGAUGUGCCCUUCCAGCUCAAGCCUGCCAGUGAGGGUGAAGGAGAGCCCCAGAACAAGCGCAAGUAUUUCCUCCACACCUCAGCCCCUCUGGACUAUGAAGCUGUCCGUGACUACAAUGUGGUGAUCGUGGCUGUGGACUCAGGCAGCCCCAGCUUGUCCAGCAACAACUCCUUGCUGGUGCGGGUUGGGGACACUAAUGAUAACCCUCCCAUGUUUAGCCAGGCUGUGCUGGAGGUCUCCUUCCCUGAGAACAACUUGCCUGGUGAGAGAGUGGCCACAGUGGUUGCCACGGAUGCGGACAGUGGCAAGAAUGCCGAGAUCACCUACUCUCUGGAGGCCUCACCCCUCUCCUCAGAGGCACCAGGAGGCAUCUUCAGCAUCGAUCCUGACUCUGGGGAUGUGUCAGUGCAGGCGGUGCUGGACCGGGAGCAACGCGACACCUAUGAGUUUCAGGUGACAGCCCGGGACAAGGGGAUCCCGUCACUGCAGGGCUCCACUACGGUGGUGGUGCGUGUGGCUGAUCGCAAUGACAACGAGCCACGCUUCAUGCAGGAUGUGUUCACUUUCUAUGUGAAGGAGAAUCUGCAGCCCAACAGCCCUGUGGGCAUGGUGACUGUGAUGGACUUUGAUAAGGGUCGCAACGCCGAGCUCAGCCUGUCGAUCCAGCCUGGUGACCACGACCAGGCAGCUGGCAUCUUCUCCAUUGAGAAUGACACCGGAACCAUUUUCUCCACCGUCUCCUUUGACCGGGAGCAGCAGACCAGCUACACUUUUAAGGUGAAGGCAGUGGAUGGAGGUGAGCCACCACGGUCUGCCACUGCCACUGUGUCCCUCUUUGUGAUGGAUGAGAAUGACAAUGCACCCACAGUCACCUUCCCCAGCAACAGCUCCUACACUGUGCUGCCGCCCUCCAGCAACAUGCGCACUGUGGUAGCCACAGUGGUGGCCACUGAUGCCGACACCGGUCUCAAUGCUGACCUCAACUACAGCAUUGUUGGGGGUAACCCCUUCAAACUCUUUGAGAUUGACCCAGCCAGUGGUGUGGUGUCACUGGUGGGCAAGUUGGCACCCAAGCAUUAUGGUCUGCACCGCCUUGUGGUGCAGGUGAAUGACAGUGGGCAGCCACCUCAGUCCACCACUGCCCUGCUCCACGUCUUUGUCAAUGAGAGCCUGUCCAAUGCUACCGUGGUGGAAAGCCAGGUGGCCCGCAGCCUCCACACACCCCUGGCCCAGGACAUUGCUGGUGACCCCAGCUAUGAGCUGAGCAAACAGAGGCUUAGCAUAGUCAUUGGCGUGGUGGCUGGCAUCAUGACUGUCAUCCUCCUCAUUCUGGUGGUGGUCAUGGCCCGCUACUGCCGCUCCAAGAGCAAACAUGGCUAUGAGGCUGGCAAGAAGGACCACGAGGAUUUCUUCACUCCACAGCAGCAUGACAAGGCCAAGAAGCCCAAGAAGGACAAAAAAGGCAAGAAGGGCAAGCAACCCCUCUACAGCAGCAUUGUCACUGUUGAGGCUUCCAAGCCCAAUGGGCAGCGCUAUGACAGCGUCAACGAGAAGCUCUCAGACAGCCCUGGUAUGGGAAGGUACCGCUCUGUCAAUGGUGGUCCAGGUAGCCCUGACCUGGCCAGGCACUACAAGUCCAGCUCGCCGCUACCCACAGUCCAGUUGCAUCCUCAGUCUCCCACUGCUGGCAAAAAGCACCAGGCUGUACAGGACCUUCCCCCAGCCAACACCUUCGUGGGCGCCGGGGACAACAUCUCCAUCGGAUCGGACCACUGCUCCGAGUACAGCUGCCAGGCCAGCAGCAAGUACAGCAAGCAGCCAUUUCGUAGAGUGACGUUUUCUGUUGUGAGUCAGCCUCAGGACCCGCAUCAGGGGUCAUUGCAGAGUUGCUAUGACAGCGGUCUGGAGGAGUCAGAAACACCAAGCAGUAAGAGUUCAUCAGGGCCAAGACUGGGUGCCCUUCCACUCCCAGAGGACAACUACGAAAGGACUACGCCGGAUGGCAGUGUUGGUGAGGCAGAGCAUAUGGAAAAUGAUUCAAGGCCUCUACCAGAUGUAGCCCUGACAGGGAAGUGCACCCGAGAGUGUGAUGAAUAUGGCCACUCGGACUCCUGCUGGAUGCCAGUUCGUACUUCUCCUGAAAGAAAGCAGAAGAGCCAGCCAAAACUCUCCACUUUCAUGCCUGUCGAUGAACGGGGCAGUCAGGAAAAGCUGGCCAAUGGAGAAGCUUCCCUCAUGGGCGAUCGCAACAGAAAUCUCCUUAACAAAAAGCUGACCUCAUCUUAUGAGACCUUCAGCGCAGCUAGUUUCAGCAAAAACGAAGAAGGCAACCCAGAGGAUAUCCCCCUCACACAGACAGGGGAAUACAAGCCAUCUCCUGUCAAUACUCUAACUAGAAGAGAAGUUUACCUGUAGGUUAAAAAAAAAUAAAUAAAGCGGCAAGGAAAUUCUCUCCUAUUGUGAGAAAAGAUGCAAAAGUCUUAAAAAUCCAAACAAUUUUAACACAAAACAAAAUAAAACCAAGAAACAAAAAACCAAGGGGGCCACCAAAGAGACAAAAGAUCUGCCUGCCACUUCUGCCUCCGCAGCAGGUGUUUAAUCCUACUCUCUGCCUGACUAUCCUGUACAAUGUAGAAAAUGUUGUUACUUGCAUGUCUAGUUCCUCCCCACACACCUUUCAACUGGUUUUUAUUUUCCUAAAUCUAUGGUUGCAAAUUCCUCCCAUAAGUAAGGAGCUUGAGUAAAAAAGAACACAACACACUGUUGUUUCCCCCACACCGCUCUACAGAAGCAUGAGUUAAGCCAACUCAUUUUGUUUGGUUGUCGCCUGGCUUGUUGAGGAUAACAAGUCAGAGAAACAAAGAAACAAAGCGAAACAAAACAAACAACAACCCAGCUCACAUCAUUGGAAUUUUGCUGAUCCCCACCAGAGACAAUCCUUUAGGAACCAUACAGAUAUAGAGGCAAAUAUCAAGAUAUCAGUGGUGAAUAGGCACUUUGUGAAGACCACAGCUUUAAUAUUCUCACCGCUCAUCUGAGGCUGGAAGCAACAGAAAUCUCUUCAGCCUGAGACUGCAGUCAAACCUGUGGCACCACCUUCCUCUGGUUCAUGAACUCUGGUUCUGUUUUACUCAUAACAAGAACGCAUUCUUGCUCUGUAUCUCUCUCUCGUUCUCUGUAAUGAUGGCUUCAAGGUAAACACAAUUAGCAACACAUAUACCAUAGGAUAGUAAUAACAACCAAACUGUUGAAACCAGUUCUAUUGGGGCAAGGCUAAUAUCUAGCUGGGAGAGAUCUUGAAAACAAAAAGGCCAAAGAUCAUCCAAAGGAUCAGGGGAACUGCUAAGUAUUGGGGCUUGGCUUAGAAACUUAAUUUAUCCACAAAUCCACACACAUCCUCCUAACACACUUUCUGUUGUUAACAUUUUGCACAGCAGCACAGUUUACAAACCCAGAAGAGUUUACUUCAUAACACAGUUUAAUGGCCAUGCUGAUGUCGGGUUGAUGGUUGGACUUGAUGAUCUUAAAGGUCUUUUUCAACCAAUAUUAUUCUGUGAUUUGUGUUUUAUUUCUCCUAUGCAGUUCACUUGAAUGUCUAAAGGAACUGAUGUGGGUUACAAGGUUUUUUUGGUAAUGAUGUGAGGUUCCAGCAGCUGCUGCAUAUGUUAAUGCUGCCUAAACCAGUUCCAGGGACUUUUUAAGAUCAAAACACCUACCUAAGAGGAGUAAUAGAAGACUUUGUCAACAAGAAUGCUUGGAGGGAAAGACUGAGCAUGGGGAUGAUGCAGUGACAAGAGAAUAUUGCAUGUCAGCUAGGCAUACCUGCAUUAGCAAGGGGGUUGAACUAGUUCUCCACAGGUGCUUUCCAACCAUUUUGUAAUUCUGUGUUUCUAAGUACAAAGCCUUCUUUUCAGAGUGCAAGGAAUGAUUUCUAAGCCUUUUGUCAGCAGUGUUGAACAUUACCAGUUGCUUCAGUUAUGUCCAAGAGAUACUGAAGGCUUUCUUGAAGCACAAGUACACUAAAACCAAGACAAGUGCAAUACAAAAUGGUGUCAAGACUUGGAACAUUUAGACUAAGUAGAAAACAAUUUGAUAAAUAGUGGUGCGAUACUCACCUUGGAGGUCAAGAAGAGUCAAAAGGAGCCCAGGAUGCUGUGAUAUGAGCUCUGGGCUGUGAAGGUUCUCAUGCUGAGUGCUCCUUGAAAGGAAAAGGAACAGGUUUUUGUGCAAUAAAAACAACAAAAUGUACAGACCUUCAAAUGUAUAGUCUGUAGCUGGUGUUGUAGUCAUGACAGACUGAGUUCAGACAUUCAGAUGAAAUCCCCCGUGGAACCACACAAGCAAGGACAGCUUGAGGAGCAGUCAGAUCCCUGGUUAUAUAACCUGGUGUUAAGGCAUGGCUAGGUAGCUCUCUAGGGCACCAUAGCCACAGUGGCUUUGGGUAGCAUUUUGCUUUGAAGAACUGCAUAGAAAUAAUCUUCAACAACCUCAAUCAGAGGUUGGUCAAUCCAUACAACCUAUCACAUUUAUCGUUUGGACUCACUUCUCCACAUAGCAGGAUGAGGUUGAUGGUUGGACUCGAUCUCAGAGGUCCUCUCCAGCCAAAACAAGUCUAUGAUUCUAUGUACCAUUCUUGGCCAUUUCGUUCUCCUUUUAUUUUCUUCAAGUUUGUGUACAGCAGUUAUGCUGAAAUGGGCACAUUUUAGAGGGCAAACAUUAAAACUCAAAGAUUAAUAACAACCGAACCUCUUUAUGUUUAAUUAUUUAAGAGAGAUGCAACCUAGUACUUUGUUCCAAGGCUGCACACAGCAGUUACUGUGUUGUAUAAUCUGUAAGUAGAAAAUGCUUCUAAAGAAAUGCUUACCUAAUGUAUACACAGUUUCCUUGCACGUUUCAACAGAAUACACAAAAUGGUCAAGAGAAUUUCCUUAAAAAAAAAAAAAAGGUUUCAUUUAAUAUUACACACAGAGAGAAAUUAAAUAAAGUAGUGUGGUCCCAUAUAUUUGAAGACCUCUAUUUUUUUUUCUACUAGGCUAAUAAUGCAGGUCGUAGGAGUCCUUCAAAUGAAAUGGAUCAGCAAUCACUCCCCAAGUUUUGCACCACGCAAACCCUCUCAUUAAAUACUUUACCUGCGUGCAUCUCCUAUAGAUUAAAAUGGGUGUGAAAGAAUAAUUCCUUUUGAGUUUUAUAACAAUUCAUUCUACUGUAAGUAUUCACAUUCAUUCUGGUGGAAACUAGCCACUAUUAAUACGCUGAUUACUCUUCUGACCUGGCAUGACACACGAAUAUACUUUGUGGUUUAUCUUCUUUUUUUGUUUGUUUGUUUGUUUUCUUCUUCUUCUUCCUUUCCUUGUUUGAUUUUUUUUUUUGUUUUCCUCUUCUUAGUUUCCAAUAGGUUAAAUCUGGUGCCACUCCAUAACUCGAGUGCUUUUGUAAAAAAAAAAAAAAUUAAAAACAAACAAAAAAAAAGAGAAACAAAUAAAACUAUGUAAAAAUAAUAAUAAUAAUAAUAAUAAUUAGAGCGAAUGCGAAAUAUGCAACUGUGCCUUUUAUACCUAUUAUUCUGGUAAUGUGGUAGUUGGGUUUGGACACUGAGGGACAAAGGGGCUAUUCCCAACUUUUUUGUUUCUUGAACCUGUAUAUUUAACCUGUCUUUAUUUUCUGAGAAAUUAUAAAUAAUAUAUUUACAAACAAAAAAAACAAAACAAGCCUUUUGCCAAACUCAGUUAAUGGACCAGUCUUAAGCAUUAUUAACACAAGGCUGUGGUUUAAGUAGGUCUUGAGGAGUUCUUUUCCUUUUUUGUUAAUCGCUCUUCGUGCGAGGCUUGGAGUUUGUUUAGAUAUUUUUGUUAAUUUGCUUUUAAUUCUGCUGCCUGAAAAAGUACAAUCAGUCUGUAUUGAAGUUAUUUAGCCAAGGUGUCACCAGUUCAUGUUGCCAGGAAAAUUGAAUUUUUAAUUUUUUAAUUUUAUUUUAUUUUAUUAAUUGCUCUUUUUGCCUCCAUCACAUUUCAGUUGUACAGUAGAGAAAUCAUCCUUUUCUUUCCUUCUGUGGGAAACUCAGAUGAGCUUUGCAUGUCUUUUACAUUAGGGCACCUUUAUAGAUUGAUGCAUUAAUAUAUAACUUUAUAUGUAUUAGAACAAAAAAAAAAUCAGUAGCUUUGGUCUAUAAAAAAAAAAAAUCUAAUGCUCAUUCUGGAUCUCAGAUCCACUAUGUUUAGUCCAUAUGGUUUCUGACUGGCCUGCUGCCUGAGUUUCAGGAAAAAAAAGAAAGAAAAAAUAAAAAAAAGAGAAAAAAAAAAGGAAAAAAAUGUUAAACAUUAUUAAAAAUGUUAAACAUUAUUUUUAUGUGGGGGAAGAACUUCAACGGGCUCGAAAUGAUUGGCUGAAAGGCUACCCUAGGAAGAUGUCAAGCUGGAAAACACAAAAAAUAUGCAUAAAGGACAGUAUUGGAGUCACUAUCAAUGGAAGUGUUCAAAACCAUGCAGCCAUGGCACUUCAGCACAGAGUUCAAUGGCCAUGGUGUUCUUAGGCUGAUGGUUGGACUCCAAUCAUUAGAGAUCUUUUCCAACCCAACCAAUUCUAUGAUUCAAUGAAAGCAAGACUUUGCCCUAAAUCCAGCUGUCACUAAACUCUUGUAAGGAACCUGAGCAAGGAAAUAGUUUUCCUGUUGUUGCGUUAGAUACGAAUGAAUAGAGAUGAAGGAGCCGAACCAGCAGCAGAAAUAGAAGUCCAUCAGUGGAGCUGAUACUAGAGCAUGACCACAACAAAGAUGACACUAACCAGCUACCUGGGGUAUGCUUUCAGACAACGUUUCCCUAAAUUUUCAAGCACUUGCAUUCGGUGUGGUACGAUCUGUUUGUAAUAUUAAUCAUUGACUAUUGUUCUGCAACUUGGAUGUUGAUAGUGAAGCAGAGAACAAUUUAUCAUUGUUUAUUAUGAGUCACUAUGCACGCAACUAUGCUAAACAUGGCAAAAAUGUAUUCAACGCUAGUCCACCUCUAUUUAUGAACUAUUUACAUAAUUUAAUUUGCUUUUUGUACAGUUUUAUGUAAAUAAAUUGCUUGUCAUUUUCUUCUUC